GGCCAUGUGGCCCUCGCAUGUGGUGAGCUAGAGCUAAUUAGAUUUUGAGUAAUAAAUAGUGUGGUUUUAUGUUUAGGAGAAGUGAGGUGCAUUGUGUACAUGCAAGCUAGUGAUUUGAUAAUGGCUACCACCGCUGAUGAUGGAAAGACGGCUAAUAAGCGACCGAGCAAUCGCUGGACUUUGUUCAUAGUCUUCUUGUCUCUCUUGGUGGAUUUGCUUGGGUUCACAGUCAUCCUACCUCUCAUUCCUUCCAUGUUAGAGUAUUACAGCACUCAUGACCAGAGUGGUUUGUAUGACUACCUGUUGAAGAGUGUGGAUGGGUUCAGACUGUACAUUGGUGGGCCCGAUACUGAGCGAUUCAAUCUUGUCUUGUUUGGAGGUCUCCUUGGCUCUCUGUACUCAUUCCUCCAGUUCCUGACCUCCCCUCUACUAGGAGCCUCCUCUGAUGUGUAUGGUAGGAAGCCAUUGUUACUACUCACCAUGGUGGGAGUGCUGUUGUCUUACGCUCUCUGGGCUCUCUCCUACAACUUUGGACUGUUUGUGGUGGCCCGUAUCCUGGCUGGUGUAUCCAAGGGCAAUGUUAGUCUGAGCACAGCUAUAGUCACUGAUAUCACUACAGCUGAGGGAAGAUCCAAGGGAAUGGCAAUGGUAGGAGCAGCUUUCUCUCUUGGCUUCCUGUUUGGACCUAGCAUUGGAGCAGGUUUCUCUCUGAUGGGUCAUGGCAAUCAAGGAUCUUUCCUGGCAUUCCAAUAUCCUGCACUCUUUGCUCUGACUCUAACUCUUCUCAAUAUUGGGCUAGUAGCAGGACUACUGUCAGAGACCCUACCUCCAGGACAAAGGGCCACCUCUUUGGGAGGAGGAAUCACAGGAGCACUCUAUCUUGUCAACCCAGUAUCUCUAUUCAAGUACGAUUCUGUGACUCAGAUUUCUUGUCAAGAUCGGUCGAGACUGAGGAGACUUGGACUUGUCUACUUCCUCUAUAUUUUCCUAUUCUCUGGCCUUGAGUAUUCCCUCACCUUCCUGGUACACCAACGCUUUGGCUAUUCCAGCAUGGACCAGGGGAAGAUGUUUCUGUUUAUUGGAGUGGUCAUGAUCCUAGUGCAAGGAGGAUACCUGAGGAGACAGCCAGCAGGCAGGGAGAAGACCACAGCUCUAGUGGGCAUGUUGGCUCUCAUCCCAGGCAUGCUUCUCGUUGGUUGGGCCUCCUCUGCUACUAUGCUGUACGGAGGAUUAUUCCUCUACUCAUUUGGCUCUGGAACUGUUGUCCCUAGUCUAACUUCCAUAGCCUCAAAGUUUGGUGAAGACAGUGAGAAGGGGAAGGUGUUGGGCAUCAUUAGAUCUAUUGGAGCUCUGGGAAGAGCCUUUGGACCGUUUGUGGCGUGUACAGUUUACUGGCAAUACAGCGCAUGUGUGUGUUACAUGACUGGAGCAGCUCUGUUCUCUCUGCCUCUACUCUUGCUAGCACUUGCCACUACUACACCCUCCAAACUAAAAGACACUUAAUCUAAUAAUGGUGUAUAAUUAUAUACAUGUCAUUCAUAUGGAUUCAUGAUAAGAUAACUACAA